AUGUACACUUAUGCAUUCAAUAUCCGAUUGAGCCUAAUUAUGGUUCUAUCCUAUAUUCUAACCUAUGGACAAUUGCUUGCUCUCUUAUUAUCAUUUGCUCACGUUUCCAACGCUUUCAUGGCCUUAUUGGCAGUAUUCUUUUUCCCAAUAUUAAUGGAAAAACUCGAGACAUUUCUCGAUGGUCCCGUCAUUCCUGGCUUCAUCCUUCUUCUCGGCAUUCAGAGAUUUAUUGUUCUAUUCGCAGAUGAUAAAUACCAUCAAUUUGUAACUGGAACGAUUUUGAAAAUCUACCUCAACUCGUUGAUUCUUAUUGCAAUUGCAUAUAUGGUUUGGGUGAAUCACGAUGUGGAAAGAUUGCAUUUAAUUGGAGAAGCCUGCCAAAAAAGAAUGAUAUUCUCACAUUAUUCCGGAUCAUCGAAUUACACAAUGGCAACGCCGGUAUCGAUUCAAGUUCAUGUAAGUUGCGAGAUAGCGUUUGAGCAUUGA